AUGCCUAGUGGAAGCAUUGCGACUGACCAUAAUUCUCCAACUAAAGUUCCAACUCUUCUUCUAACGAAGAAACGUCGCACUUCCGUACGAGAGCUCCAAGGCUUCCUAGAAUCCGAAAGUGCGGCAGGACAAUGCCUUUUUCCAAUGCUUCCACUCGAGCUCCUUGCGGAAAUAUUGAUCCAAACUAAUUCUCCUCGCGAUGUUUUAUCUGUCGCUCGCACAUCCAAGCUUUUGUGUUCGACACUUGUCUGCAAUCCCGCUGCCGAUUUCAUCUGGCGCACCAUUCGCAAGAAGUGCUUUCCUCAUGCGCUGCCUGAUCCCACCCCAAACUUUAGCGAGGCGGCAUAUGCAGCGUUCGUGUAUGAUGGAGGGCCUUGUGAUGUGUGUAAGAAAGACACAAAAGAAUUCUAUGCGAGCUUUGCUGCACGAAUUCGUUUAUGUCGUGAUUUGCGUUGCAAGAAGAACAUCAGGAAAUAUCUUAUGGAUGUUACCACUAUUUUCAAAGGUCAUGCACGUGACGAGAUAUGGAUUCCCUACGUGGAGUCCACCCAUUGCUUUGAUCCAAACCUCGACAGUGCAUGUAUGAUUUUUUCCGCACGUUCCUCGAGUCUCUGCUCUGGUAGCUUAAUUGAAGUUGCAGGGCCCGAUAAUCCCACCAUAUUGAUGAAGAAGCCAGAGUGGGAGCGUUUUCGAGUCGAUUAUGCAGCGUUCUCAGCUUUAUCUCCACCUCCGUCUGAGGGGCUGCGGAAGGCAUGCACUGAUCAGAUCGUGAAAUUUCCAAAGGUCAUGGAGUUAGCAGUUGCGUUGCAGAAGUGGAAGUGCACCUAUGUUGCUAUGCACCGCACCAUCAAGACAAAAAACGAAACAUGGGCGAAGGCACUCGCUGUUCGGGAAGGCUGGAAUGAGCAUGAUUUACUUAACUCCCAAUCUUAUGGUUCAUUGCACAGGCACAAGAAUUAUAUGCUGGAGGAAGUCACGCUACGCGAUCUCCUUCCGAUCAAGCCCCUUAUCGAAGCCCAGCUUUUGAAAAUGCAAAUACACCGUCAAAAUAAAGAAAACGAAGCAUCUUACCGCCAGCGUCGCGACGACGUUGAGCAAUACUACAAUCGCCUACGGUCUGCUGGAACAGUUGUCCCAUCGCUUUAUGAGUUCCGCAAAUUCUCAGUUAUGACGACCAUGCAGGGGAGCGUGACGGGUUCAAGGCCCAAUUCCAGUGGCCUUGCAAAAGACAUGAAGAACUCGGCCCUCGUCGCAGAACUUGUCGCAGCUGAUUUGAAGACGUGGAUGGCGUCUGUACGGGAAAAACUGUCCGAAUUGCUUGGGUUUCCAAAGUGGAGGAGUGCGAGCAAAACGAAGCUGCAUCCACUGGAUAGGAUCACUGCGCAGUUUAGAUGCCAGGGGUGUGGGAAGGUCGCGAAGCGGUACGAAAAGGAACAAUGUCUCGAUUUUGCAGGCGUCUGCGCACAUGAAUGUCCCGGUGAUGAUAAGAAAAACAAGAAACCAGUGGAUUGGAGUGUCGAUCGCUUCAUAAAAGAUGAGAAGGCGUCAAAUGCAGUCGCAUGCCUUCUGAUGCUCACAGGCAUCACCGACGAGGAUGCGAACGCACGUAAUACUGUCAAGAUGCUUGGAGCGUGCAUUCGGUGUCUUUCCUGCGAACAUGCAUUCAUCACCAUGGACUUCCCCACCCUCAUUGGUCACUCGCACCGACAUGAUAAUAUGCAGGUGGCUAUACUGUCCAAAGGGGAAGGGCCAGAGCGUGCCUUUGAGGCGGGUUUGUCUGCAAAACUUAUGGAUAUGGGUUUUCAGUCACGGAAGUUGAGGAGCGAGGCGAAUUAUCGGUGCCGUCAUUGCGUUCCGGCUAGCGAAUCAGCUGAUGCUGGCAUGGAUGGGGAGGAAGCGGGUCUCUACUGGGGAAUUUAUUGCGAAGGGGUCACACAUAAAAGACUCACAAACGGGAAACCAGGAGAGACGCCAGAGAAACAAGAAGAGCAAGCUCAGAUCAAUGGACUUCAAUGCGCUUCGAUCGCAUUUGAAAGGAUCGUGAGUGGUUUUGUUGAUGAUUCUCGUGAUAGGCUGAUCUCACUUCUUGUAGACACGGAAUAG